AAUCUGGUUUCCCGCACUUCGUGCCAACUAGCGAACUAGAGCGGCUCGGUCGGACCUGGUGGAUCCCGGGCCCAGUGACGAUUACAGUACAGACCAAACUUGACUUGAAGUUGAGAUAACUUUGUCGUGAAGAGACCAUCAUUGGUGAUCAUGUCUAGUGUCUUGUCAACUCUGCCCAAGGAUUAUGGGUAUGUCAUUCUGGUUGGCUCUGCCAGUUAUGUCAUGGUGUACUACCUAGCUGCAAAAGUUAGUUUUGCAAGGAAAAAGUAUGGUGUGGAGUACCCUGCAAUGUACAGUGAUACUCACCAGCUCUUCAACUGUAUUCAGAGGUCUCAUCAAAACACUCUGGAGUCAUAUCCUCCAUUCCUGUUUUUCCUGGCCAUGUCUGGACUCCAAUUUCCACGGGCAUCAGCUGCUUGCGGGGCUGUGUGGAUCAUUAGUCGUCUAAGCUAUGCACGUGGGUACAGCACGGGAGAUCCUAAGAAGCGUAUGAGGGGAGCAUUUGGGUACCCAGCCAUCCUGGGUCUAUUCGGGAUGACCAUUUAUUCUGCUGUCCGUCAGCUGGAGUGGGUGUGAAGUGCAACAACCUUGCUUGAAAUGGAGUAGAACUCUUCGUCCAUUCGCUCUGCUUGCUGUGAUCGUUAAACACUGCCAGAUUUUAGUUUGUGAAACUAAUUAUUUCCAAGUAUCUUGCAUCGAGUAUCUUGCUGAAGAUAUCUCUCAUGACAAGGGCUGCUUUUCCUCAGCAAACCAAUGCUGAAAUUUUCAACUUAAUACCUCAUUCAUGUUCAUUCUGAUGAUUUCAGCUACAUGUAUUCUAGCCAGUUCCAAAAGGACAAGCAAAAUGCAAUUUGCAAUAGAGAGAAAUCAAAUGGAAAUUAAUUACGUAUUCUAGAAAUGACUUGUUGCUGUGCUCCAGUGGUAUUAGUUGGCAUACACAAGUGUUGCUGCUCUCUGUUGUUUGUAAUCAGCAAGUUCCAAGGAAAUCUGUGUUUAAGAAUUUAUGGGUAUAGAAUUAACCUUGUUUCAAAUUCUUAUUAGUUGAAACUAGAAUUUUUGAAUUUGUAGUUAUUUCAUUUAGGUAUUUGGAUACUCUCUCUAUAAAAUCCUCAUCUAAGAAAGUUGGACUUUGAACUGAUAUUUUCAAUUUUCAGAUCUUUUAUAGCGCCUGAUUUCACUUCACUUUUAUAGCGUCUGAUUUUACUUCAGGGAAGUUGUUUCAAGCUUGUAGAUAUCAGUGAAAUAUGUCGUUUAUUGAAUUGUACAUAUACUCAAGAAAGUGAAUAUAUUCAUAAAUUUAUACAGCUGUUGAUUUGAGUCAAAUCUUCUGGAAAGUUGUUUUUGGAUUUUUAAGUACAAAUCAUAUAAAGUUGUGAAAAUUUAUAUCAAAUAUUUUUGUAAUUUUUAUCCAAAAUAGUACAAGACAUUGACGAGAAUUAAAACAGCAUUUACUUAAAGCUCA